AUGAAGUUCACCAUCGCCGCCACCACCCUCACCGUCCUCGGUCUCGUCGCCAACGCCAACGGCGCCCCCACCCCCAAGAACCUGGCCAUCGAGCCCUUGGCCGACGGGAACGGCAAGAUCGCCGACACGCUCUCCAUGAAGGCCCCCGCAUCGAACCCGGACGCGCCCACCGUCGCCGACGGCUUCACUCAGAACGAGACCCGGGCCAUCUGCCAGCACCGCGCCUACCCCGUCUCCCAGCACUACUCGGUCCUGAGCAGCCCGGGCAUGGCCAGGGUCGACGACAUCGCCGCCGUGUGCGGCCGCCUGUGGAGCGGCCUCCACCACCACGCCGGCUGCGCGGCCAUCACGGAGCCGUCGUGCGGCGAGCACGAGUACAUGGAGGGCGUCCUCGAGUGGCACUUCAGCGGCUCGGCCUUCUGCAACGUCGGCAUGGUCGAGUCCGCAUGGUGGGAGGCGACUCACAACGAGCACGGCCGCCUCGAGUGCCGCGACGUCUAA